GUGGUUCUGUGAAGGUAAAGAACUGCAAAAUUCUCCUGAUAUUCAGAUCUGUUCUGAAAGUGAAGGACUCCAGACACUCAUUAUAGCAGAAGCUUUUGAGGACGACACAGGGCGCUACUGUUGCCUGGCCUCCAAUUCUCUUGGCUCCAGUUCUACUUCAGCAGAAUUAUUUGUUGAAGGUGCCGGUUCCUCUGAUUCUGAUAGUGAACAUUUCAGAUCAAAAUCUGGAGCCAUGCCCCAGGCUCAGAAGAAAAGCACUUCUGUUUCCUUAACAAUUGGAUCGUCAGCUCCAAAAUCUGGAAUUACUACAGCAGUAAUCCAGCCUAUCUCUGUGCCUAGCCAGCAGGUCCAAAGUCCUACUUCAUACCUCUGCAGAUUAGAUGGAUCGAAGCCUAGUCAUGCUGCACCUAUUUUUACAAAGGAGCUUCAAAAUUCAACAGCAAGUGAAGGACAAGUAGUUGUACUUGAGUGUAGAGUAAGAGGAGCACCUCCCUUGCAUGUUCUUUGGUUUCGCCAAGGGGUUGAAAUUCACGAUUCCCCAGACUUCCGAAUUCUACAGAAAAAACCACGUUCUGCAGCAGAACCUGAGGAGAUAUGUACUUUGGUGAUUGCAGAGACUUUUCCUGAAGAUGCAGGGACCUUUGCAUGUACAGCAAGCAAUGAUUAUGGAUCAGUCACAAGCACUGCCAAACUGACUGUGCUGUCAGCCAGUUCUGAAAGCUCCAAACAUGAUUUGUCAGUGAGUGUACAGAAUGAGGAUGACUUUCAACAUUUCCCACCUCCACCUUCACAUCUUGAGAUUAGUUCUGUUGAGCUUCCUCCAAAGCAUUCAGAGAGCUCCAAGAUCAGUCAUACUAGGUCAAAUGUAGCAGCUUUUGAAUUACAGCUUAACUCUGUGGAGAAGAAAACCAAUGGAAUUCAUCCUACCCAUGGAGUCAAUGGCAUCGUUAAUGGCAACACCAAAACUGACAAAUCUCCUCACCCUGGUGGCUUGCUUUCACCCACAAAAACACCGCCACCUGUGCUUGCUAAACCAAAGCUGUGA